UUUCUUGAGUGAUUGAGCCGAAGUUCGCUUACAUAAUGCAAUUUUUGGUGUUGUGCGCCUACGAAGGAAGCUUGUCCAUUUCCACACCACCAAAACCUCGUUGGAGCCGCAACCAAUAUCCUUGAAGCACAAAACGACAUCUUUCCCUCCUUUAUCAAGAUGUCCAACUCACGCAUUGAAGAGCUUCCAGAUGAGCCGGAGAAGAAGGGUGCCGAAGUCGAAGAUGCAAGCGACAGCUCCGACUCCGAAGUUGAGGCUGGUGAAGGUGAUGCAACUAUCCCAGCUGGCAGCUCCGUUGCCAUUCACUCGAGAAAUGAGAAGAAGGCGAGAAAGGCUAUUGCAAAGCUUGGCCUAAAGCAUGUAGAGGGCAUUACACGUGUCACGCUGAGGCGGCCAAAGGGCAUCCUCUUCGUCAUCAACAACCCGGAUGUGUACAAGUCCCCAGUCAGCAACACUUGGAUCAUCUUUGGAGAGGCUAAGAUUGAGGAUCUUAACUCCCAAGCCCAAGCCUCCGCUGCUCAACAAAUCGUUCAGGCAGAGCAAGAUGCACAUGCUGGUCAUGACCAUGGAAAGGGCAAGGCGGUCGACACCGGUGAUGCAAAGAAGGACGAGGAGGAAGAUGAUGAUGAAGAAGUUGACGAGGAGGGUCUGGAGAGCAAGGACAUUGAGCUGGUCAUGCAGCAGGCUAGUGUUUCGAGGAAGAAGGCCGUCAAGGCACUGAAAGAAAACGACAAUGACAUAGUCAACUCGAUCAUGGCAUUGAGCAUGUAAGCUGUUGUCUUCGCGUGUUUGUAUCCGAGGCGAACGACAUUGGCCGCAUCAAGAGUUGGGAUGAAAAUGUCUAGCUACUGUGUACCAUAGUUCGGCGCAUGGCGGGCUUUGGCUGGUAGCAUGCAGGCCGGAAAAGUUUGGUGUUAGGCUCUUAUCUCUUGUAGAAAAGAGCACUUCCUCACUUAACAUACAAUAUUAGAAGCAGAUUUUCUGCCACUGCAUGCUCACUUAAUUUACACUUCACUCCCUCUCCAUUCUUGCUUUCUGAUAUAUCUGUGCUUCGGUGCGCAGAUUCUAGCUAUCAAAC